AUGGAUGACUACGUGAGCGAGUCCGAUAGUGACUACACCAGCUAUUGGCGGGACUGGUUCAUCUCAUCUAGAGGCAACGAAUACUUUUGCGAGAUCGACGAGGACUACCUGACGGAUCGCUUCAACCUGACUGGCCUCAACACCGAGGUCCAGUACUACCAGUAUGCGCUCGAUCUGGUGACGGAUGUCUUUGACCUCGACUGCGACGAUGAUAUGCGCGAGACCAUUGAGAGCUCGGCCAGGCACCUCUACGGCCUGGUGCACGCGCGAUACAUUGUCACAACGCGCGGCCUGACGAAAAUGCUCGACAAGUAUAAGAAGGCCGAGUUUGGAAAAUGCCCUCGCGUCAACUGCCACUCCCACCCCCUCCUCCCCAUGGGCCUCUCCGACAUCCCCAACCUCAAACCAGUCAAGCUCUACUGCGCCCGCUGCGAGGAUCUCUACAACCCGAAGUCGUCUCGCCACGCCUCCAUCGACGGUGCCUACUUCGGCACCUCCUUCCACAACAUCAUCUUCCAGGUCUACCCAGCGCUCAUCCCCUCCAAGAGCAUCGAGCGAUACAUCCCCCGCGUCUACGGCUUCAAAGUACACGCCGCCGCGGCCCUCGUCCGGUGGCAGGACCUGAAGAGAGAUGACAUGCGGAGGAGACUGCGCAAACUGGAGAUUGAGUCUGGCUUCAGAGAGGAGCAGAUGGAAGAGGAAGAGGAGGAAGAAGACGAUGAUGUCGAAUUCGAGGGAGUCGAUGGAAACAACAGCAACAUGAGGCUGAUUGAGGGACCUAUGUGA